AAAAUCCACCCCCUAAGCCUCUUUCAACGUGUGAGAGAAAACACACUUCUAUUUUCACACACUGACAAACACACAAACAAUAAUGUCGAACCAUAAUGGGAUGCAUCACAACAACGUUGUUGAAGACCAUGAGGCUCUCAUGUUCCAAACCUACCCGUGUGCAUACUACGUCCAAAGCCCCUCCACUCUUUCUCAUGCCAACAGUGCAGACAUACGCAGCAACAUCCAAAACGAUGCCGAAUCCACUUUCCAAUCCCCGAACCGAUCCGAGACCCACCCGCUAAACCCGACCCACGAAGAGGACGAAGCCUCACGCUUCGCUCUCUGUCGCUACUCUUCCUCUCGUGGCUCUAGCCACUCCUUCUUGCACCACAAGAAGAUCUCCUACGAUGGUAGUCAUGCUACCGUUACUGAAAAUGGCGAUGUCAACCAUAUGGUCAUUGUUGACAGUAACGGUAGCAGACACGUAGGAGAUGAGAAAGAAGAUGAAGAGGAAGGGUUGUUCUAUGAGUAUUAUUAUGGUAAGGGAAAUGGAGGGUGGAAGAGGUACUUCACUUACCGUAACUCGGAUUCUUUAGCUUGGAUUUGGUUGCAAAUGAGUUGGAGAAUUUUGUUGAGCUUUGGAAUUGCAUUGCUUGUGUUCUACAUUGCUACAAAACCUCCACCUCCCAAUGUCUCAGUUGAGAUCGCAAGGUUUCCAGAAUUUAAACUAGCAGAAGGGGUGGACAGAACUGGGGUGACAACAAAGAUCCUGACCUGUAAUUGUUCCUUGAAUUUAAUCAUAGAGAACAAAUCCAGGUUCUUUGGUCUUCACAUUCGUCCUCCUACGAUGGACAUGAAAUUUUCAAACUUACCCUUUGCAUUUUCAAAUGGGAACGAGCUCUAUGCUGAGAGUGGCUUAACAAUCUUUGCAUUACAAAUGGGAGCGAAGAACAAGCCAAUGUAUGGUGCAGGAAGAAGCAUGCAAGAUAUGCUAGAUUCUGGAAGAGGGUUGCCUCUAGUAGUACGUGUAAUGUUGAGUUCAAGUUUCGAAGUGGUUCCAAGACUCGUAAAGCCCAGGUUCCAUCACCAUGUUGAAUGUGUGGUGGUUCUCAAGAAGGCUUAUGAUAAAAAACAUCGAUCCCAAGCAUUUGAUAGCACCUGUAAAUUAAAGUAACUUCUUGGUUAAACUGAGUGGCUUCAGUUCGAAUAUCAGUUAAUAUGUUCAGAAAGAGAUAUACAAAAGGAAACUAAGAACUUUAAAUUGUA